AACUUGACGCACCGCCCUGGUCCUCAGCAUCCAUCAUCUAGGGGGGUUAACAGGCCAGAGAGCUGACCAGACGCAUCUUACUCAGGUGCAUUGUUUCUUUGUUCUAGCUGUGGUGGAGUGUGGUUCUCAUCAUGGGGGAACUGUUCAGGAGCGAGGAGAUGACCCUGGCCCAGCUCUUUCUCCAGUCAGAGGCAGCCUACUGCUGUGUCAGUGAGCUGGGAGAACUGGGCAUGGUCCAGUUUAGAGAUCUGAAUCCAGACGUAAACGUGUUCCAGCGCAAGUUUGUGAAUGAAGUGAGGAGAUGUGAGGAGAUGGACAGGAAACUGAGGUUUGUGGAGAAGGAGAUCAAGAAAGCUAAUAUCCCAACUGUUGACACUGGAGAAAAUCCAGAGGUCCCUUUUCCCAGGGACAUGAUCGAUCUAGAGGCCACCUUUGAGAAGCUGGAGAACGAACUGAAGGAAAUCAACACCAACCAGGAAGCCCUGAAGAAGAACUUCCUGGAGCUGACGGAGCUCAAGCACAUCCUCCAUCGAACCCAGCAGUUCUUUGAUGAGAUGGAGGAUCCCAACCUGCUGGAGGAGUCAUCAGCUCUGAUGGAGGGCAGUGAGGGGGGCCGCGGGGCCCCGCUCAGACUGGGGUUUGUGGCUGGAGUUAUCAGCAGAGAGAGGAUUCCAACCUUUGAGAGGAUGCUGUGGAGAGUGUGUCGCGGUAACGUCUUCUUAAGGAAGGCAGAGAUUGAGGACCCUCUGGAGGACCCCGCCACGGGAGACCAAGUCCACAAAUCAGUGUUCAUUAUCUUCUUCCAAGGUGACCAGCUGAAGAACAGGGUGAAGAAGAUCUGUGAGGGGUUCCGUGCCUCACUCUACCCGUGUCCAGAGACCCCACAGGAGAGGAAGGAAAUGCUGGCUGGAGUCAACAGCCGCAUCGAUGACCUCCAGAUGGUGCUGAACCAAACAGAGGACCACCGUCAGCGAGUGCUGCAGGCUGCCUCUAAGACCAUGCGGGUGUGGUUCAUCAAGGUGAGGAAGAUGAAGGCUAUCUACCAUACACUCAACCUGUGCAACAUCGACGUGACCCAGAAGUGUCUGAUUGCUGAGGUGUGGUGUCCUGUCUCAGACCUGGACUCCAUCCAGUUUGCUCUGCGAAGAGGGACGGAGAGGAGCGGCUCCACAGUGCCUUCCAUUCUCAACAGGAUGCAGACCAAGCAAACUCCACCUACCUUCAAUAAGACCAACAAGUUCACAUCAGGCUUCCAGAACAUUGUGGAUGCCUACGGCAUCGGGAACUACCGGGAAAUCAAUCCAGCUCCGUACACUAUCAUUACUUUCCCCUUCCUGUUUGCGGUGAUGUUUGGAGACAUGGGUCACGGCUUGCUGAUGACCUGUAUUGCCCUCUACCUGGUCAUCCGAGAGAGUCGCCUCGUCGCCCAGAAGAGUGACAACGAGAUGUUCAACAUGGUGUUUGCUGGUCGCUACAUCAUCCUGCUGAUGGGGAUGUUCUCCGUCUACACUGGAAUCAUUUACAACGACUGCUUCUCCAAGUCACUCAACAUGUUCGGCUCUGGAUGGAGUGUUAGGCCCAUGUUUGGCCCCAAAGGAGCCAACUGGACGUAUGAGACACUUGAUGAAAAUGCAGUUCUACAGUUAGAUCCAGCAGUUCCUGGUGUCUUCAACGGGCCUUAUCCUCUUGGAAUUGACCCGAUCUGGAAUCUUGCCACAAACAAGCUGACCUUCCUCAACUCAUUCAAGAUGAAGAUGUCUGUGAUCCUGGGUGUCAUCCACAUGCUGUUUGGAGUGUCUCUCAGCCUCUUCAACCACCUGUACUUCAAGAAGCCACUGAACAUCUUCCUGGGCUUCAUCCCAGAGAUUGUCUUUAUGGCGAGCCUGUUUGGCUACCUCGCUCUGCUGGUCUUCUACAAGUGGACAGCCUAUGACGCCUUCACCUCUAAGGACGCGCCCAGCCUGCUCAUCCACUUCAUCAACAUGUGUCUCUUCAACUACAACGACCCCAUCAACAAGCCCCUCUACAGGGGACAGAUGGGGAUCCAGAUUUUGUUGGUGCUGAUUGCCCUUGCAUGUGUACCCUGUAUGCUGAUUGUGAAAACUAUGGUGCUUCGGCGUCAGCACCUGUGGAAAAAGCACCUGGGCACGCAGAAGUUCGGAGGGGUGCGGGUGGGCAACGGGCCCACGGAGGACGAGGCUGGCAUCAUGGACCAUGACCAGCUCUCCCAGCACUCAGAGGAAGGAGAUGAGUUUGACUUUGGUGACGUAGCUGUCAACCAGGCCAUCCACACCAUAGAGUACUGUCUGGGGUGCAUCUCCAACACAGCAUCCUACCUGCGCCUCUGGGCCCUUAGCUUGGCUCAUGCACAGCUGUCAGAGGUGCUCUGGUCCAUGGUGAUGCACCUGGGUCUGGCCUCCCGGAGCGGGGGCGGAUUCUUCGGCCUGUCUAUCAUCUUCUCGGCCUUUGCCACCCUCACUGUUGCCAUCCUGCUUGUCAUGGAGGGGCUGUCAGCCUUCCUGCAUGCCCUGCGUCUGCACUGGUAUCUCUGCCAAAACUGCACUUCUUCAGUUUUACAUGCACACAAGGAAUGCUAGCAAAAUGAAAGAUUCCUGGCCCAAAGAGGUUUACUUAACUGUGAGCGUACAGGCCUCCAGAUAACCUUCCAUCCUCCAGCUCCAUCGCCUCCUAGCACCACCUCCACCCUGCUGAUCCACCCUGCACCAAUGUAAACUGCACUGACACGCAGGCAAGGCAGUGUAGAUGAGUCUUGGAUUACCCACAGGACCACACUUAUGGGAUUACCAUAGUAAGAUACAACCAUGCAGUAAUUAUGCUUCAUAAAAAGUAUGUAUUAACCGCUAUUAGGAGUAAUUUUAACAUGUUAGAAUAUAGCAGCUGAUGUGGACAGACGUUGUACUGCUUAUAACUAUGAGGAGAAGGUGUUGUGAAAGUGAAGGAUGAUAAUUGCUCAGUAUCUCACAAGGGCAACAUCUCUUUCAGCACAGAGUAGAUAAUUGUAUGAUUCCAGUGAGUUAUAAGCCCACAGGGACAGCUUCGCUGUCUAUGUAUCAGGUUUAAAAUGUAGCUACAGACUGUGAGGGAGAGAGAGGCUUUUCCAAAGUGAAAUACUUGAUCCAUCCAAAGUCAAAGGUAAGAAAGUCACCGAAAUGUCAGCUCUGUAUCUAGUCAGUAUGCAACUUCAGUAUUCAACCUGAGAUUGAUAUUGACAACACAAAAUGGUCCUGAAAUUCUGGUACCCUUUUAUUUAUUACAUAAAUUGAAGCAGUGUUUGGUCCUGCUUUAUAACUGCACAAAAAUACAAUUUGAUAUAUUAGGGUGGAAUGAAAGGAUUGAUAUUAUUCAGGCCUCCCAUAGUUCAGAGCUCUGUCUGUUGCCUGGCAUUGAAACAGUUGUGUCUGUUCCCACUAACAAUCCAUUUAAUAUUGGCUCAUGUGUGGCAAAAUAGAGUUGAGAUCAGGUGUACCCUGCUGCAUUUCUGUUUAACAGACCAUUCCUUGUAAACCUAUUAAGUGAAAGCAACAAGUGUGUUUCCUUUAAUCCUUCUGGUCUGGUUCCUGCACAGAGCCUUACGUCAUGAUUAUGAGAUGGAUAAACAAAGACAGGGAGAGAAUAUCCUGUGUGCUUUUGUUGGACAGAGGUAUGGUGUUAAUGCUUAACUGCUGCUCUCAGGGCUGAUUGUUGUAAGUAGGUUUAAAGAGAACUCACUGUCUGUGCUCAGUCUGUCUGUUGCUCAUGUAAACUAGUGGAAAGUGAUCUGACCACCUUUCAAAUAUGAUCUCAGCUGUCUUUUAUCUAGACUGUGUUGUUCUUCCAAGAAAUCUAUACUAUGUGUUGUAUAAUCCUAGCUAUCUGCCUUACACAUGGGCCAGCUGUAUGUUCCAGGCUGGAGGUCGUGUUGUACAAAGCUGUCUUGCUAGUGGCGUAAGACAGUCACGACAGGCCCCAGUGCAGGCUAAUAUGACGGGCCCUAGUGCACACUAAUUACUAGUUAUGAAACACACAAAGACGCACACACACACACACACACACACACACACACACGCACACCAUUAGGCAUUCGGCUUGCAGAUGUGCUCAGUCCGUCUUGACAGAUUUUGCACCUAAACUGGCUGCUAUACAUCGUAUCCUCUCAUCACAUGAUCAAAUAGAGACUUUACAAUGGACAACAUCAACAUGCAUAUUACUCAGCAAUCAUCAUUGCAUAUUUCUAUAUGACAAAGAAAAUAAUAAAUUAUUCAU